AUGGCAAAGAGCUUUGCCCGUAUAAGAGAUCGGCUUAUGCACAAAAUACGUCGAUUCAGGAACGUUCGCAAGGAUAAAGAUGAACUUCGAGAGCCCAUUUUCAAUAAUAAUGACGACGACAAGAAUCACAGCGAUCAGGAAAGGGUUUCUUGCACCGACUGGCUGAGGUCAGAGAGUCAUCGUACCGUAAAAAACAGUACGGAAAAUCCACAUAUAGAAAAAGAUCUCGGUUCUACAGAAAUAACUGAUGUAAUGAACGAUCUCCAAGAAACCGAAGAAGUUGAGAUCGCGGGAGAAGCGGAUUGUUCGCAAGCGAAACCACCCUUCCUUGAACGGAGACGCUCAUCAGCUUUUCAACGAUUGAAGAAUUGGGUGAAACCGGAACACAGACGAGAUGCUAUUUGCGAGCAAAUGGAGAGAGAAAUUGAAACAAGCGGGAUGAGCUUGAGACAGUAUAGAAAAUUUCUAGCCACAACGUACAUUUUAUAUGAUUUGAAAAUGCUCUGA